GGUUCUGCAUAUCAUCAUAGUUAACUCAAAUCUCUCGAUUCCUUCUCUCUCAACACGCAAUCGUUUUCUUUAUAUAUUUUCUCUACUUACAAAAGGUUUCAUCUGUUCUCUUUCUCUCUCCUUUCCUGACUUCUAUCUUUAUCAUCAUUUCUUUAUUCGUUUGCUUGCACAAACUAAUCAAAACAAUAAAGACAAGAAGAACAAACGCCAAAACCCCACCAAACAACGGGUAGAAGAAGAAUAAGCUAAAGUUCAUUUUGAACUUUUAUUUGACCAACAAGAGAUUGUGAAUUUUGGGAGCUGGGUUUGGAUGUGGAAAUAGUAGUUGAACGUGCUCUAAAAAUUUUAUUCUAUGGGUAGGUUAUGCUGUUUUAAUUCUUCCUACUCCAAGGGAUUCGGAAACCUCUGGUUGGCUACAAAUUCCAUUGCUGGAUUUAAUUGAGAGGAAAUUAUCACCUCUUUUGCUUGUCCAGGGAAUUUGAUCAUUCAUAUGUUGUGUAAGGCGUUGGAUGGGAAAGGAGUUGGGUGAACCUUUGUUUAUUAUUAUGAUGAUUGAAUGACUUUCAGCUUUUUGAUGUUCAGAGGUCGAAGUAGCUGUGUUAUAAUCAUUAUAUUAAUUUAAGAGAAUCCCUCGGUUAAUUUAGGUGAACCUACAGAAUGUUUCCAGCCAGCAAAAUCCAUUAGUUAAUGGUGAGUGUAAACAAUCUAUAGGAGUGGUGUCCACAAUCUUAUAUUUUUCUUUUAUUUUUUUCUGCCCAAACUUUCUCCAGUCUUCCCAGAAUAGUGGCAGCAAAGUCCGGCCUUUAAGAAACAUAGAGACUUGUGGGAGGACGCUCGUCGUCUGCUGGUAAGGGAAGAAACCAUGAAGAUUUAAUCAAGUUUGGUUUCAACUUAGUAAAAGGAAAAGCUAAUCACCCUAUGGAGGAUUAUCAUGUUGCAAAGUUCAUGCAGAGUCAAGGACAUGAAUUGGGGCUGUUUGCAAUUUAUGAUGGCCAUCUGGGUGAAAGUGUGCCUGCCUACCUACAGAGGAAUCUGUUUUCUAAUAUCCUAAAGGAGGAAGAGUUUUGGGCUGACCCCCGUAGAUCUAUCUCUAAAGCCUAUGAGAAGACAGACCAAGCAAUUCUUUUACAGAGUUCUGUCUUGGGGCGGGGUGGAUCCACUGCUGUAACUGCAAUUUUGAUAAAUGGUCAAAGGUUAUGGGUAGCCAAUGUUGGAGAUUCUCGAGCUGUUCUAUCAAGUGGAGGCCAGGCAGUACAGAUGACUACAGACCAUGAGCCCAACACUGAACGAGGCAUCAUUGAGAAUAAGGGUGGCUUUGUUUCAAACAUGCCAGGAGAUGUCCCAAGAGUUAAUGGGCAGCUGGCAGUUUCUCGUGCCUUUGGAGACAAGAGCCUCAAAUCACAUUUGCGAUCAGAUCCCGACAUACAAGACAUCACUAUAGACGUCUGUACUGACAUUCUAAUCCUUGCAAGUGAUGGUCUUUGGAAGGUAAACUUGUUUAUGUCAACUUACUUUUCCUUCCUUGUGUCAAUGAAACUGUAGUGUAGUUGAUGCUUGCAUUGUGAAUAAUAAUUCUAAGUUAUUUUUCCUUAUUUUAUGUGAUAAUCCCGGUGAUGAGUAAUCAAGGGGCUGUUGAUAUUGCAAGAAAGAUCAGAGACCCCCGGAAGGCAGCCAAACAAUUAACAGCUGAAGCAUUGAAAAGAGACAGUAAAGAUGACAUAUCUUGUGUCGUCAUUAGAUUUAGGUGAUUAAAUCUUUGAAACCAUAUUCCUGCUAAAUGCAGUAUAUACCCGAAAUAAAAGUUUCUUGACAGAGGAUGCCAAAUUGUGAGUAGACAAACCCUGAAAAAAAACCCACAACCAGUAUGGUUUAAUCCGUAGAUAUCUGCAGAGAUGGAAUUUGCUAGAGGAAUGAGUUUAAAAAAAAAUAAAGGUUCCCAUCUGUAUAUUCAUUUUAUUGAUUAGGUUUGGAGUUUGAUAUUGUUUGAUUUAUUCGUUAUGGUGAAUUAGGAAUCUGAUGUAUAUUAUCUUUCGGUUUGCACAAAAAACACCAGAGUCUUUAAGUGGAUGGAAGAAAGUGGUUUUGAUUGUCAUUGGAGCAAAACUUUUGAUAGUGUAGUUCAUUUCAGCUCAAAUCCCAUUAAGGGAUGGGCUGCUUUCUUUUGUUUUCUGUUUGAAGGUUGAUCAGUUCCUACGUGAUGUUCACAUGAUGUUGGGAGGCAUUCUCAUUUUUCAUCAGGUGAAAAAAGUCCAAAUCGAACUAAUUAGCCCAACCAUGUGAUGCCUUUCACUUUCACUUGUCAAUUGUGGAACCACUCAUUCAUAGCUCUAGUGUAUUUUCAUUAUUUGAGCAAAACUCUUGACUUUGUUGAGCUAUCAAAUUUGAAUUUAGUAUUUAAACACUACCGUCUUAAUAUUCAACAACCCCAUUGUUGAGGGUGAGACCUUUUAAAGUUUGUAGGAUUUGACUGGGAUGUUGGUUUGUAUAAAGCAUUACAGUUUCAAUAAAAUUAUGUGUAUAAAUAA